CUCCAUGUUGACCAUAAACAAUCCCCUACUCACACACACAACUUAGUGUCAACACCCACAGAUAAAAGAGGGGCGUCCUGCAAUCCAUACGGGCCGACCGCCACAGACACGCAAGCUGCUCUACCGCAAGGCCUUGCACCUCCUCGUGUCCCCGCAAAAAAGCAGCGCCCCGCCACCGUCCCUACCUAUUCCCGAGAAAACGCAGAGAGAACUAGUUGGCUGCUCGCUAACUGCAGCGUAGCCACCCAGGCAAGAUUAGAAGAAAAUAAACAAAAAAACAACUCACAGUCGCCGGCGUCAUGAUGGCGCCGACCACAACUUGGAGGACUUCAAACUUACGGUGCCUCGAGAGGUAAAACGCACCGGUGAGGGAAGGCAAAGCGCCCCUCAGCUCUCUUCACCCCAGCCCUGACACGGAGACUUUUCUAGCAAAGCAUCCCUCUAGCGCUUACGACAGUAAGGAAAGCCUUCAUUCUAAGGUGCCUCUCUUUCCCCCUCAGUUUGCAUAAUUGUGAUACAGUUCCUCCUAUUUUUUUUUCGUUGUCUUGCUUUUUUUUUUUUUUUCUUGCUAUCUAUUUUCUUUCUUUUUUUUUUUUUUAUUAUUUUUUUAAUCCCCCUCCCUUCUCCAUCCCCAGUCCCCUGGCGGGGUUGCUAAGGAAACGGCCGCUUGGCAACGCGCGCGAGCCCGGGGGCCGGCGGCCGGCGCAGCGCCCCGCGCUGCUUCUGCUGCUGCUGUUGCUGUUGCUGCUGCUGCUGCGAUUGCAGCCGCCGCCGCCGCUCGCCCUGCCUCCUCCGCCGCCGCCGCGCCUCCUCCCUCACUCGCCGGCGCGCUCGCCUCCUCGCUAGAUGGUGUGCGAGCCGCCCGAGAAUUAGACACACUCCGGACGCGGCCAAAAGCAACCGAGAGGAGGUGUAGUGUGGUGCCAGGGGGAGGGAGGGGAGGGAGGGAGGGAAAGCGAAGAGGAGGAGGGGAGGCAAAAACACCGAAAAACAAAAAGAGAGAAACAACACCCAACAACUGGGGUGGGGGGAAGAAAGAAAGAAAAGAAACCCACCCACCCACCAAAAAAAAAAAAAAAAAAAAAAAAUCCUGUGGCGCGCCGCCUGGUUCCCGGGAAGACUCGCCAGCACCAGGGGGUGGGGGAGUGCGAGCUGAAAGCUGCUGGAGAGUGAGCAGCCCUAGCAGGGAUGGACAUGAUGCUGUUGGUGCAGGGUGCUUGUUGCUCGAACCAGUGGCUGGCGGCGGUGCUCCUCAGCCUGUGCUGCCUGCUACCCUCCUGCCUCCCGGCUGGACAGAGUGUGGACUUCCCCUGGGCGGCCGUGGACAACAUGAUGGUCAGAAAAGGGGACACGGCGGUGCUUAGGUGUUAUUUGGAAGAUGGAGCUUCAAAGGGUGCCUGGCUGAACCGGUCAAGUAUUAUUUUUGCGGGAGGUGAUAAGUGGUCAGUGGAUCCUCGAGUUUCAAUUUCAACAUUGAAUAAAAGGGACUACAGCCUCCAGAUACAGAAUGUAGAUGUGACAGAUGAUGGCCCAUACACGUGUUCUGUUCAGACUCAACAUACACCCAGAACAAUGCAGGUGCAUCUAACUGUGCAAGUUCCUCCUAAGAUAUAUGACAUCUCAAAUGAUAUGACCGUCAAUGAAGGAACCAACGUCACUCUUACUUGUUUGGCCACUGGGAAACCAGAACCUUCCAUUUCUUGGCGACACAUCUCCCCAUCAGCAAAACCAUUUGAAAAUGGACAAUAUUUGGACAUUUAUGGAAUUACAAGGGACCAGGCUGGGGAAUAUGAAUGCAGUGCGGAAAAUGAUGUGUCAUUCCCAGAUGUGAGGAAAGUAAAAGUUGUUGUCAACUUUGCUCCUACUAUUCAGGAAAUUAAAUCUGGCACCGUGACCCCCGGACGCAGUGGCCUGAUAAGAUGCGAAGGUGCAGGUGUGCCGCCUCCAGCCUUUGAAUGGUACAAAGGAGAGAAGAAGCUCUUCAAUGGCCAACAAGGAAUUAUUAUUCAAAAUUUUAGCACAAGAUCCAUUCUCACUGUUACCAAUGUGACACAGGAGCACUUCGGCAAUUAUACUUGUGUGGCUGCCAACAAGCUAGGCACAACCAAUGCGAGCCUGCCUCUUAACCCUCCAAGUACAGCCCAGUAUGGAAUUACCGGGAGCGCUGAUGUUCUUUUCUCCUGCUGGUACCUUGUGUUGACACUGUCCUCUUUCACCAGCAUAUUCUACCUGAAGAAUGCCAUUCUACAAUAAAUUCAAAGACCCAUAAAAGGCUUUUAAGGAUUCUCUGAAAGUGCUGAUGGCUGGAUCCAAUCUGGUACAGUUUGUUAAAAGCAGCGUGGGAUAUAAUCAGCAGUGCUUACAUGGGGAUGAUCGCCUUCUGUAGAAUUGCUCAUUAUGUAAAUACUUUAAUUCUACUCUUUUUUGAUUAGCUACAUUACCUUGUGAAGCAGUACACAUUGUCCUUUUUUUAAGACGUGAAAGCUCUGAAAUUACUUUUAGAGGAUAUUAAUUGUGAUUUCAUGUUUGUAAUCUACAACUUUUCAAAAGCAUUCAGUCAUGGUCUGCUAGGUUGCAGGCUGUAGUUUACAAAAACGAAUAUUGCAGUGAAUAUGUGAUUCUUUAAGGCUGCAAUACAAGCAUUCAGUUCCCUGUUUCAAUAAGAGUCAAUCCACAUUUACAAAGAUGCAUUUUUUCUUUUUUGAUAAAAAAGCAAAUAAUAUUGCCUUCAGAUUAUUUCUUCAAAAUAUAACACAUAUCUAGAUUUUUCUGCUCGCAUGAUAUUCAGGUUUCAGGAAUGAGCCUUGUAAUAUAACUGGCUGUGCAGCUCUGCAGCUCUGCUUCUCUUUCCUGUAAGUUCAGCAUGGGUGUGCCUUCAUAAAAUAAUAUUUUUCUCUUUGUCUCCAACUAAUAUAAAAUGUUUUGCUAAAUCUUACAAUUUGAAAGUAAAAAUAAACCAGAGUGAUCAAGUUAAACCAUACACUAUCUCUAAGUAAUGAAGGAGCUAUUGGACUGUAAAAAUCUCUUCCUGCACUGACAGUGGGGUUUGAGGAUUUUGCCCCACACUAACUCAGUUCUUGUGAUGAGAGACAAUUUAAUAACAGUAUAGUAAAUAUACCAUAUGAUUUCUUUAGUUGUAGCUAAAUGUUAGAUCCACCGUGGGAAAUCAUUCCCUUUAAAAUGACAGCACAGUCCGCUCAAAGGAUUGCCUAGCAAUACAGCAUCUUUUCCUUUCACUAGUCCAAGCCAAAAAUUUUAAGAUGAUUUGUCAGAAAGGGCACAAAGUCCUAUCACCUAAUAUUACAAGAGUUGGUAAGCGCUCAUCAUUAAUUUUAUUUUGUGGCAGCUAAGUUAGUAUGACAGAGGCAGUGCUCCUGUGGACAGGAGCAUUUUGCAUAUUUUCCAUCUGAAAGUAUCACUCAGUUGAUAGUCUGGAAUGCAUGUUAUAUAUUUUAAAACUUCCAAAAUAUAUUAUAACAAACAUUCUAUAUCGGUAUGUAGCAGACCAAUCUCUAAAAUAGCUAAUUCUUCAAUAAAAUCCUUCUAUAUAGCCAUUUCAGCUCAAACAAGUAAAACCAAAAAAGACCAUCCUUUAUUUUUUCUUACAUGAUAUAUGUAAGAUGUGAUCAAAUAAAGACAAAACACCAGUGAUGAGAAUAUCUUAAGAUAACUAGUUAUCAAAUUAUUGUGAAUGUUAAAUUAUUUCUACUAUAAAGAAGCAAAACUACAUUUUUGAAGGAAAAUGCUGUUACUCUAAACAUUAAUUUACAGGAAUAGUUUGAUGGUUUCACUCUUUACUAAAGAAAGACCAUCACCUUGAAAGCCAUUUUACAAGUUUGAUGAAGUUACCAAUUUCAGUACACCUAAAUUUCUACAAAUAGUCCCCUUUUACAAGUUGUAACAACAAAGACCCUAUAAUAAAAUUAGAUACAAGAAAUUUUGCAGUGGUUAUACAUAUUUGAGAUAUCUAGUAUGUUGCCCUAGCAGGGAUGGCUUGAAAACUGUGAUUUUUUUUUUCUUCAAGUAAAACUUAGUCCCAAAGUACACCAUAAAUCAAUUUUAAUUAGAAAAAUGAAUCUUAAAUGAGGGGACAUAAGUAUACUCUUUCCACAAAAUGGCAAUAAUAAGGCAUAAAGCUAGUAAAUCUACUAACUGUAAUAAAUGUAUGACAUUAUUUUGAUUGAUACAUUAAAAAAGAGUUUUUAGAACAAAUAUGGCAUUUAACUUUAUUUGCUUUUAAAAAAUAUUCUUUGUGGAAUUGGUGAAUAAACUAUAAAAUAUUAUUUUGUAUUGCAGCUUUAAAGUGGCACACUCCAUAAUAAUCUACUUACUAGAAAUAGUGGUGCUACCACAAAAAAUGUUAACCAUCAGUACCAUUGUUUGGGAGAAAGAAACAGAUCAAGAAUGCAUAUUAUUCAGUGACCGCUUUCCUAGAGUUAAAAUACCUCCUCUUUGUAAGGUUUGUAGGUAAAUUGAGGUAUAAACUAUGGAUGAACCAAAUAAUUAGUUCAAAGUGUUGUCAUGAUUCCGAAUUUGUGGAGUCUGGUGUUUUUACCAUAGAAUGUGACAGAAGUACAGUCAUAGCUCAGUAGCUAUAUGUAUUUGCCUUUAUGUUAGAAGAGACUUUCUUGAGUGACAUUUUUAAAUAGAGGAGGUAUUCACUAUGUUUUUCUGUAUCACAGCAGUAUUCCUAGUCCUUAGGCCCUCGGACAGAGUGAAAUCAUGAGUAUUUAUGAGUUCAAUAUUGUCAAAUAAGGCUACAGUAUUUGCUUUUUUGUGUGAAUGUAUUGCAUAUAAUGUUCAAGUAGCUGAUUUUACAUUUAUGGACAUAUAAAAUGUCUGAUUACCCCAUUUAUCAGUCCUGACUGUACAAGAUUGUUGCAAUUUCAGAAUAGCAGUUUUAUAAAUUGAUUUAUCUUUUAAUCUAUAACAAUUUUUGUUAGCUGUUCAUUUCAGGAUUAUAUUUUCUACAAGUUCCACUUGUGGGACUCCUUUUGUUGCCCCUAUUUUUUUUAAAGAAGGAAGAAAGAAAAAUAAGUAGCAGUUUAAAAAUGAGAAUGGAGAGAAAAGAAAAAGAAUGAAAAGGAAAGGCAGUAAAGAGGGAAAAAAAAGGAAGGAUGGAAGGAAUGAAGGAAGGAAGGGAGGAAGGGGAUAAGGUAGGAAGAAAGAAAGGAUGACAGGGAAGGAAGAAUCAGAGUAUUAGGGUAGUUAACUUACACAUUUGCAUUCUUAGUUUAACUGCAAGUGGUGUAACUGUGUUUUACAAUGAUCGCAUUUGAAACAUAAGUCCUAUUAUACCAUUAAGUUCCUAUUAUGCAGCAAUUAUAUAACAAAAAGUACUGCCCAAGUUAUAGUAAUGUGGGUGUUUUUGAGACACUAAAAGAUUUGAGAGGGAGAAUUUCAAACUUAAAGCCACUUUUGGGGGGUUUAUAACUUAACUGAAAAAUUAAUGCUUCAUCAUAACAUUUAAGCUAUAUCUAGAAAGUAGACUGGAGAACUGAGAAAAUUACCCAGGUAAUUCAGGGCAAAAAAAAAAAAAAAUAUAUAUAUAUAUAUAUAUAUAAAUACCCCUACAUUUGAAGUCAGAAAACUCUGAAAAACUGAAUUAUCAAAGUCAAUCAUCUAUAAUGAUCAAAUUUACUGAACAAUUGUUAAUUUAUCCAUUGUGCUUAGCUUUGUGACACAGCCAAAAGUUACCUAUUUAAUCUUUUCAAUAAAAAUUGUUUUUUGAAAUCCAGAAAUGAUUUAAAAAGAGGUCAGGUUUUUAACUAUUUAUUGAAGUAUGUGGAUGUACAGUAUUUCAAUAGAUAUGAAUAUGAAUAAAUGGUAUGCCUUAAGAUUCUUUGAAUAUGUAUUUACUUUAAAGACUGGAAAAAGCUCUUCCUGUCUUUUAGUAAAACAUCCAUAUUUCAUAACCUGAUGUAAAAUAUGUUGUACUGUUUCCAAUAGGUGAAUAUAAACUCAGUUUAUCAAUUAAAA